CGGAAACGCGUUUAAACCUGGGCCCCGCCGCUCGCCGUAGCCGGCGUCUCCAACAUGGCGGUUCCUCAAGAUGUCCACGUCCGGAUCUGUAACCAAGAGAUUGUCAAAUUCGACCUGGAGGUGAAGGCAUUGAUCCAGAUGCUACUAGACAUUAACUGUACACUCAGAGCACGAGCUGUGACAAGAGUGAAGAGAGGGCUGGGAAUGUGGCUCAGCUGAUGCGUUUGCCAGCACUCAUGAAGCCCAGCGUUCCAGUGUCACCUGAAUGGGCGGUGCUGGCUGGAGUACCAGCACUGUGAGGAGGGCUGGCAAGAUCAGAAGUUCAAGGUCAUCUUCACCUGCAUACUGCUCUGCUAAGUGCUUUAUGUGGAUAUAUGAUCUUGAGGUGAGGUGAUGAAAGAAUGGGCACAGAGAACGAUAUUCGAGAUUGUUCAGGACCCUUAAGCGCACUCACUGAACUGAACACCAAAGUGAAAGAGAAGUUUCAACAGUUACGUCACAGGAUACAGGAGCUUGAGCAGUCAGCGAGGGAGCAAGACAAAGAGUCGGAGAAGCAGCUUCUACUUCAGGCAGUGGAGAAUCACAAAAAGCAGAUGCUUAGCAAUCAGACUUCUUGGAGGAAAGCCAAUCUUACCUGCAAAAUUGCCAUCGACAAUCUUGAGAAAGCAGAGCUUCUCCACGGAGGAGAUUCCUUAAGGCAAAGGAAAACCACCAAAGAGAGCCUGGCCCACACGUCUAGUGCCAUCACAGAGAGCCUCAUGGGGAUCAGUAGGAUGAUGUCACAGCAGGUCCAGCAGAGUGAAGAGGCCAUGCAGACUCUAGUCAACUCUUCACGAACUAUCCUGAAUGCAAAUGAAGAAUUUAAGUCCAUGUCUGGGACAAUCCAGCUGGGCCGGAAGCUCAUCACAAAAUACAAGCGCCGAGAACUGACAGACAAACUGCUUAUCUUCCUCGCUCUGGCCCUUUUCCUUGCUACAGUUCUCUAUAUUGUGAAAAAACGCCUCUUUCCAUUUUUGUAAGAUGAGAGGGGUGAGCUUUGGUCCCUGGCACCCCUGAUUCAGGAUCUGUCCAGGCUCUCAAGGGCUGGCCAGGCUGCCAGACUAAGCUGCACUUCCCAGUUUGCUCCUGUUGCUCAGUGGGUUGGAUGGAAGGAAACACAACUCCCUAGUUUUCUGCAAGUGACUGGCUUGGAAAAUGUUAGAGCAGUGGACAAGUGGACAACAGGGUCGCCUACGGGACCAAGGGCCUCCACGCUCACCCAGCUGUCAAGCACUUUGGCUCUCACAUAGAACACUUCAAGCCUGGGAUUUGAUGCUCCUCCCCCUCCUUGUCCUACUGAGGCUGAGGUAUAAGUGCCAUGUCUGGUGGAGGGGAGAGAGGGUGAAAACUUAUGGCCAUUCCCGGAAUAAACUUGAUUGUGUUUAAUAAAAUGAAGUUCGUCUAAUUUUACAAGAUA